GGUGUAGUUGAGCAACGUUCCUUGUGGUGGGUCUGCUGCUCUCUUGUCACGACAACUUGAAGAGGGCAUUUGCAGGAUCGGAAGGUUUCUUUAUACAUUGCGGCUAGGUGUCGCCCGCCGAGGUCGAAGGCAAUUUUCAUUGCAUGAGCUGUUGCCAUCGUCCUGAUAGCCAUUGUUGUGGUUUAGCCGAACACGAGGGACCACACUCGCUUCAGGAUUCUCCGAUCCCCCAGGCCACACAGAACCUCCCAGCUCAACACCGGCGCUCCACAGCCAAGGCGGCAGCUGCGAAGAGUCUCCGCCUCGCACCCCUUUACCUGAUUUUGAGUCCGCCUCUGACCCUGUUCCACCUCCGAGCCAGACCGGGGAUAUACCGGUGCCUCUCAGUUGCGAUAAAGACCGUGCAGCAUCUUACGCUCAGAGUGGAGUACAAAGUACACCUAUAUCGCACGCCACUGCAUCUCAGAUCAAUAUCCCACAUACAAAGAAGCAGAUAUAUCUACUUCUCGCUAGACGCGACAUGGAACAGCACACCCAGACCACCUCGUUGGACCAUUGGGUGCAUAGCGUCCUCGGGAGAACUCCAGACGAAAUUGAAAAUUGGGUUACCAUCUUCACUCAGAGCAAGAUAAUUCUUCAAGAAGUCGUCAUCCAAAGAGCGGUCGAAGCUUAUCUUCGGUUUGGAGGGAGCGGACAAGAAAAGCUCCUUUAUGGACCUUUCUGCACGAUGGCAAAUAAAGUUUUGGAAGUUGCUAGGCUGUAUAUUCCCGAUCUGCCGCCAUUUCCUGUCCAGGACCUUCUCUUCUGUCGCAAUGACCCAGUGAUGAUUGGAUCUGGCCCUCUUGGUGCAGCCCACAGAUCUCCUGACAUCGCCGUGAUUUCGGAGCAGACUCUUCGCACAAUCCAGCAACGUGAAAAGUACAAAGUUACCAAACCCCAGCAUCCCACUACUGGUAUCACUUGGACGGACCCAUUUUCCUUCAUUGAAAUUAAGCUUUUCGAGAAAGAGCGCCAUCGCCUCGCCAAAGUCAAUGAAGCGUGGAAAAAGAAAGUCCCAGUACGGACGCUCAUCGAAGCCCCAACUUCAGAGGCAUUAUCGACUUCAACAGAUACGUUAGAUCAAUCAGCCACUAUGCACCACCAUACCUCAUUUCCUGAUGGGACUGGCCACAAGAGGAAACAUGCGUUCGCCAGCGACAUCGCGAUUCCACCUGCCAAGAAGCAGAAAGUGAAACGAGGUCAGCAAGACGAUGACCCGUCACCUCUUGAGAAACACGAGACGCCACCGGAAUACUAUGAGCAACUAGCCAGUUAUGGUCUGGAGAUGCUUUCGUGUACCAAUGGCACCCGGCAUCAUUUCUUCCAGUGCUUGAUCGCAGGCGACAUUGCCGAAUUCUGGUACGGAGAUGCUACUGGAAUCAUACUCUCCACGAAGAUCUCUUGGAUUCUGGACUUCGAGAAGUUCGCCGCUAUUCUUGUUGCCAUUGCCUGCUGUGAUCACGGGCGUUGGGGUUUGACUAUUCCAAACCUCAUACCACCCGCGCCACAGAACAACCCGUCUUUGCCUCCAAUUUCUCUUGAAGGGUAUUCUACCACCAUGCAACACGAGACAUAUGGCGAAGUCAUGGUCACUCUCGGGUCUCCGAUCUAUGUUCAGUAUAGUCUUGUCGGUCGAAACACUUGUGUAUACAACGUAAACACCACCCCAGAGAUCUUUGGCGGCCCACUCGUGAUCAAGAUGGCAAUGCAGUCAAUACUACGUAUUCCCGAACAUCAACUCUUGAUACUGGCAGAGAACGGCGAUGCUCAUCACCACCUCCCUAAGGCCCACAUGUGGACCAACAGGACUUCGGAAUGGCGUUCCAAGGAUGGUGUUCACGGUGUCGUAUUCCCUAGCAACGAAUCGGACCAAUAUUAUGAGGAAAGAACUCAAUGUUUCAUUGUCUUCACCACGUAUCUAUCGUUGGAGUCCGUGCUGACUCCGAGAAAUAUGGAUUAUCUCUUCAAUCAGCUGCUAGAUGCACUCCAUGAUUUACGUUACAAGGCGAAAAUCAUACACCGCGACAUUAGCCUGAGCAAUCUCAUGUGUGAGAUGCGAGGUCCGGCUCGCGACAUCUUCUGGCUAAUACUCAAUGACAUUGAUCUUGGCUCGGCGGUCGGAGACAAUGGUGAGCCUACAGGACGGACGGGCAAACACCGCACGGGUACGCUUCCUUUUAUGGCAGUGGAUCUCCUGGAGAAUACAGAAGCAACACAUUAUUUGCGACAUGAUUUCGAGAGUGUGUUUUAUGUGGCUCUGUGGUGCGCUGUAAAGCUGGUCAAACCAGUCACCAGCAAAGACCCAUUCUCUGCCUGGGGAGGACAAGACAUCGAAAUCGCAUUGGCGAACAAAAAGAAGUUGUAUGAUAAGGGUGCAUUACGAGAGGCACUCGAAUCUACUUGUCGUCUCUCCCCAGACUUUAAGGCGUACGACUGGUGGCUGAUCCUGAUGUGGCGAGUAUUCAAAAACGGGAAGAAGACUGUAGAAGGCCGAGAAGACAUGCGCGACAUGGAAGACUUUGAUCGAGCGAUGGCUGAUAUAGACAGAGACGACCUUCCCGAAGACGUCAGUUGUGACGAUGAAACUCUUGAGGGUACCGUCACAUAUAAGAAUUUGAAGGACGCGCUUCUUAAAACGCGGCGCAUGCUCAAGAAGAGGAUUCCGGACCUCAUUUGAACGACUUGAUACAAACAUACCUGCUCCUCAUGACGAUACACAUCUUGUAGCAUCCACCGCUCUCCUGACUACAUGUCAACGUGAUUAUCUGAACAUGGUUCCAAAAACUUGUGCAGUAUAUAGGCAAGCGUUGCAAUGUUAAAGUAUUUGGAAUUCGGCAAGACAACUAUAAGGACAACUCCCUUAUGGUUUCGCCUUGAUGUUGCUGACAAUAAGACUCUGCAGAUCAUCAUGAGCCAACAGAUCUAUCCCCUUAUCCAAAAGAUCGACGUACCUUAUACGCCUGUACAUCACCUUUGAACUUGCUAACAGUCCCAUCAGCGCAUACCCAGAGCUAAUUCUCGUCGUAAGUUGGGAACUGGAACUCAAUAAAACGACAACGUACUUCUUUCGCGAC